AUGGCCGUGUUUGACUUCCCCUUGAGGGUGUGCGCAUGGUUAGCUCAAAUGAAAGCGGGCAUGUGGGUGCGCAAUGGUCUUAGCCUUCGCCAUCAAAUGAACACGUAUCGAGGUCUGGCGCAUCGAGAUUUGGCGCACCAUCGCGAUAUCUUCCUUCUUCAAACCGCUCUUGUCGUUUGUGACUGCAGUCGAGUUCUCGCAUCGAUGAUCGAUCGUUUUGCUCUAGAUCAAUGGAUGAGAGGUAUUUAUACAAUCAGAGAGGGCUUUGAAGUUAACCAGCAAUUGGACGUUGCGGAGGAUUUUAUACACCUGUUCAUAGUUUUGCUAAGUGAUCGAACUUCCUUGCAGCAUCACGAGAGUGCGGAGAGUGCCAGAGCCGCAGCAAUACGUCGCGACGUUGCUCACAUUCUUUGCUUUAAGCCACUCUCAUUCUCUGAGCUAGAUCAGCGCUUUGCCGACAAAUCGACUGAUUUAGAGGUUUUCUCGGAUAUCCUCGAUGAGAUGACAUCCUUCAAGCCCCCGGAAGGUCUGUCAGACACUGGCACUUUCGAAUUGAAGCCACAAUUCCUUGCGGAGAUUGAUCCCUAUGCCGCCCAUUACACUAAAAACCAGCGGGACGAGGCUGAGAACACAUACCGUAAUUGGAUCUCCAAGCAGUACGGCAAGCCAGCAAUAGAGGUUGUGUACGAACCAAGACUAGUGAAAAUACACCACGGCAUAUUUCAGCAUAUAGCGCAAUUCACGAGAUCGCCUCUUUUUUCACAGAUAGUUUUUCAUUCUUUGUUCGUGAGCUCAAACACUCACAAGAUGCCUGACAUACCAAGCACCAGAAUAGAGGCCUAUCUUCAUGUUGUCCUACACCUGGUCUUGAUUGCAGUCAUAGAGGACAAUUCACAAGAAACAGAUUCUUCACCGACAGGACAAGGCACAGAAGAUUCUUUUAUUUCGAAUGCUCUCGAGAUAAGAUCAGAGCUUGGCAUGACCAUCUUCGACCUUCUUGUUAAGAUGUUGGAAACUUCCGAUCUCAGGUUAUGUCAUCCCCAAAUACGUCUCAUCUUAAGGCGAAUUCGACAAAGGCAGCCGGCGACUUUCGAAUCGGCCGCUUCUCGAAUCAUUGGCGAGUUGUCUGUAGAGAACCUUGGCGUAGAUGCACCGAUGACACCCGGCGAGGACGAACAAGAAGCAAGGCAACGAGAAGCACGAAAAUUAAAGAAACAGCAAGCUUUGGACCGACAAGCGAGAGUUAUGGCCCAAUUUCAGCAGCAGCAGCAGAAUUUCCUCAAGAACCAGGAUCUUGCUGAAUGGGACGACGAGGAUGAUACAACCCUCGGGAUCAGCUCGGAAGACCAGAACCAGGUUUGGAAAUUUCCUGCGGGAAAUUGUAUCCUGUGUCAGGAGGAGACUAAUGAUGCCCGUCUUUAUGGAACAUUCGGCUUGAUUAUGAAUAGCAAUGUCUUCCGCAACACCGACGUAAAAGAUCCUGCUGCCCUCGCUGAGGUUUUGAAAACCCCUGAUAACCUAGAUCAAGCUGCCGAAGAUCUACGGCCCUUUGGAAUUGCUGGCUCAAACCUAAGUCACGUCACUAAGCGAUCCGCAGACGGGCGUGAGGUUACGAAGGAACAUCAAGGGCUUGCUAGUGGCUUUCCGUCUCACCUCACUAUUCGAGGUCCAGUAUCGACAGGCUGUGGGCAUAUCAUGCAUUAUUCCUGUUUUGAAAUGUACUGUAGUGCUACUCAAGUUCGACAAAACCACCAGAUUGCACGACAGCAUCCAGAGCGUACGGAUCUCAAGGAAUUUGUCUGCCCAUUGUGCAAGGCUCUUGGCAAUGCCUUCCUGCCCAUAAUCUGGAGAAGUAAGGAGGAAGUGUCUAAUUCCAUCUUGCACUGUCAGGAUAGCUUUGAGGAGUGGCUCUCAUCUCGAGUCGGAGUCACAGUGUCAAGAUUCUUCAAAACUCAGGAGGGACGGUCAGACAACGAGCGCUUGCAGGAACUCUCUGCCAGAUACAUUUCGGCAUCUAUGAUCUCAUCAAUAGCCAACAACGUUUCCACUCUCUCGCAAGAGUCUCUGAAAUCACCAAUUUCUCCGCAGGUUUCCUCUCGCUCCUUCUUCUCUGGAAUGCCAGGGCUUUGGCAGUCAAAUGCUGAGAACUUACGGUCACCUGAUCGGCACUCGACUGGGGACGCCACCCAAGCGAGCGAGCUCAUGGUAGUGUAUAGCCGUCUUAAGGAUACAAUGAUAACGAACCACUUGCCCUCCCGUUUUGCGGUAGCUCCAGAAGUAAAUUCGGCUGCUUGCCGAAGACUUAGUAAUAUAGAUACACUUGCUAGGAUACUUGGAGAAUCAAUUACCAGUGCAGAGAUCGCCCAGCGAGGUGUUCAGUCCGAGCUUGGUCAAACUCUGAUCGAAAAGAUGCCUCUCUCUGUCCUGACGCACCUACGAAUCUUCGCCGAGACCGUUUCGUCUUACACAGCGCUCGGUGUGAAGGCAGCAGGAGAACCGAACAUGAUCGCAUCAGAGGUUUCGGACAUCACCAGAUCGCAGCUAUUCCAGCUUUUCAACGGCCACCCUCAUGUUGAGAACGAUGCGACAGGAUCGCUACAGCGAAAGGAACCCUCCGUUUUCGUGUACGAUGCUUUCGCUCUAUUGGUUGAAUGCACAUUCACUCUCGCACCUGUCUUCAACUUCGAAUUUGGACAUCUUCUUCGUCUGUGCUACACGCUCGAGACUGUGAAAGUGGCACUGUAUCUUGCAACCUCACCUGCUACGUUCCAAGCAUGCUACGAAGGUAAUGAAUCGAUAUCGUCCUACCGCAUCUCAAGUUCGCAGCAAACAGCCCUCCAGCAUUUCCUGCAUCAAUUAUAUCAUUACAGUCUGCCUAAUGUUCCCACUCAUGCUGAUCAUGAUGGGCAUUGGGAGGAUGUUAUAGGGCUGCCUUCAUCUCCAGAGUGGUAUUCAUUGUUGUACAGAGCAGUCUCGAGGUAUGCUCUGACCUUCCUCCGCAAAGUUACCAUAUUGGCACAUGUGCGAUACAGUGUAAAUUUUCCCGACAGCGAGCCCGAAUCUUCCAGUGUAGGACUCUCAGAGCUUGAAAGACUCACCCAUCUCCUUCAACUUCCUACGCUAUCCGAGAUUUUCCUUUCGAUAGGCCAGAACGAGUACCCUCCUACCAUACUCCAGAAUGUAACAGCGGGAUGGCUCGACUUUUGGCGAUACACUAGAGGCAGUAAUGAGCAGUCGCUACAUGCAAGCGAUGACCGAGCAUCUUUUGCUCAGUCGGUCUACGAAUCGUUCAAACCUAGGCAUCCAGCUAUCUAUGAGCUUAUUGGCCUUCCAAAACACUUUGAUACGCUAACGUAUGAGGCAACUCGGCGACGUUGUCCGACGACGGGUGGCCGGUUGGAAGACCCUAAUCUAUGUAUUUUCUGCGGUGACAUCUUCUGUGGGCAAGCUCUAUGCUGCACGAGUAAGCAAGGGAAAGGCGGCUGCUUCCAACACAUGCUGAAGAAAUGCACUGUGCUCUAUCUCCACAACCAGAACGGUAGCUGGAACCUCGCACCAUAUCUGGAUAAAUUUGGAGAGCCUGAUCCAGGCUUGCGAAGAGGAAGGCAAUUGACCCUGAAUCAAAAACGGUACGAUAAGCUCUUGAGAGACGUGUGGCUACAGCAAGGUAUUCCAACGAUGAUUGCAAGGAAGUUAGAGGCCGAGUUGAAUAAUGGUGGAUGGGAGACUUUAUGA